UUAGUAAAAAUGGAGUGUUAUACGAUACAAGAACGUGUCUUCAUUAUUGAAUAAUAUUUUAAAAAUAUUUAAAGUUUGGCAACCGCAGUUCGAAAAUUUUAUACAAAAUGUGGUAAAAGUAGUGUUUUAACCUCGUCUGUGAAAAGAUUAAUUGAAAAAUUCGUGGAAACUGGAUGAAUUGGAGACGCUAAACACAUCGGUCGUCCAAAAACAAGUCGUUCAAAUGUCAAUAUUGAAGCAGAGCUUGAGAAUUGGUGAAAAUCAAGAACCACCUUUUUUGAGAAUGAAGCUGAUCAAACAGCAACUGUUAAUGGUGCUUGAAAUUGCGAUAUUAUAAUACAUUUCUUUCUAUCGAAAUUGGAUGAUAUUGAUGUGGUCAAUAUGUGGUUUCAACAAGACGAUGCCAUAUGCCAUACAGCCAAUGAAACAAUUCAAUUACUGCAGGAGAUAUUUCCUUGUCCUGGUUAUUUGAAGUCAAAGGUCUAUGUCAACAAUCCUACAACCACACGUGCAUUACAAGAGGAAAUUAAACGCUGCAUCAACGAAAUUCAGCCACAAUUGUGCAGAAAGAUCAUGAAAAAUUUUGACGAAAGGUUCUCAUUGAUCUCCAUGGGAAUACAAUCGUCAUCGAAGCAAACCGGCCAAGCAAAGAUACGAUCCCAAAAACGUCACAUCUCCGAUCACUCGUUCAACGAGCCGUUCUACUGGGAGCACAUCAUCCGGGAAUUCGUGUUCAGAACGAUCUCACCGCCCCCAACCGGCAACUAUCACCUCUACAGACGUGUCUUGGAGGCGCCAUUUUACAACGGUCCCUUCCCAAUCGCGCCGAGCGACGCAACUAACGUUGUUCUCUCUCGUGGCGAUGUUUAUCACUUGCCAAGCGGCCACUGGCUCUUCUGCCAGCAGGGAUGCACCGAAUGCGGCCUGUGCAACGAUCAUACCCACGCCACUGUCAAGUGGGUGCUCCGUAGAAUCAAGAGAAUCUCGUCGCACGGUGGCACGAGACACGAUCUUCAAGUGACGAUCGUGCCUCAGAUAGACGGCAGCUAUCACAUGAGGAGCUUGUGGCCCCAGUCGUACGUCUACGUGACGUCGCAGGGCGAGCAGGAUAUAUACCUGAACGACAAGCAUAAUUAUCGCAACGAUGCGAGCGCUUACGCGACCGUCGAGAACGAUUCUUCGGGGGAGCAGAAGAAGAUUAAGCAGUUUUGGAUAUACGCCGAUAAAAAUUCGUUGCCCGAGAAACGAAUCGUCGUGGAGACGAGCGACAAUCGAGGCGACCAUGUUUCCACCAAACGUGUCCCGGAAAACGUGACCAGGGGCCAGAGUGUGGAGAGCACGAGCCCGAUGCCCAGGAAAGAGGACGAGGAGAGGAUUGAUCUGAAGAACGUUAAGAGGCAACGGUCGGAAACGAUGCAGCCAAGUUCGAAUGGCUCCUCGACGGAUGUUAGAUCGAAGGAAACUGGAGGCAGGACGAAGCAAUUGAUACCCAGGUUGAUACUUGGAACUGACCAGAUGGGGCAGAAACAUUUGGUUCACGUGGUACCGGCCGAUGCAACCGCCAACACGAGUUUGAUAAACUCUGUGAUGUCCAAUGUUUUGAACUCGUCUGGUCAGAAUAGGACUGCCUAUCAACGAAUAUUGCGUAGGAUAUUGGAUUCUUUGAAUAAUAAUAGACGGUCUAUCGAAAGAUUCCUUGAACUUCCAAUGAUGUCGACAGAGAAAUCGAAUCAACACCAAAAUGAACACCAGGAACAGGAGACGAGAAGUAAUCUUCCAGGAUUGCAAGGACAAGCAAAUCAUCCUUAUACAAUUCACAAUAAUAGGAAUGAGUCUUCGUUUCAGAAACGAUGGCCUUAUACUUUAAAUUGGAAUAAACAACGUAGGAUGUCUAACAAUGAUACAUUUGUUAAUAAUUUUAUAAACAAUACUCACAAUAUUGGUCAUAAUUUCAAUAACACUUACAUUCUAUUUCCUAAGGUACAGAAUAACGAUGCAGUAAAUAAGACUGCAUCUAAUAAUCUUCCUUCUAAAUUAAUCGAAGAAAAUAAUUAUAAGAACAAUACGAUUCAUCGUAACUUCAAGAUGAAUAAUGUUACACGAAAUAACCAAGAAUAUAACAAUAGCGUAUUUUUACCUCGUAAAUAUAAAAUAUUAGUAACUACUGACUCGACCACGAAAUCUGACGAAAUCAUGGAUCAUUUGCAACCAAAGUAAUUAUAUAACUUCUGCGGAUUGAAAUAUUUAAUCGAAUAGCAGAAGUUCGAUACCUGUUAAUUUAAAAAAAAGAAAUUCAAUUUUAAUACUCUAACCAAUGCCAUUGUAUAAAAACUCGAAAUAUAAAUUUAUUUUUAUUAU